AUGGUUGGAGCACUGUUCAGCGUUUUCAGCAUAUUGUGGCAUUCCGUGUCAUUCAUCAGCUUACAGACUUUAGGAAUUUUAUUAUUUGGAAUUUAUUUUUAUCGUUUAAUUAAAAUAUGUUACAACUACUCGAUUGGAAGAACAUUGUUUUCAAAACGAAAGAACUUGAAACAAUCAGGUGAAUGGGCAAUUGUGACUGGUGCCACUGAUGGAAUAGGCAAAGCAUAUGCAGAGGAAUUAGCUAAAGAUGGUUUAAAUAUUAUGUUAAUAAGCAGAAAUUUGGAAAAAUUAAAAAGUGUUGCCAACGAAAUCGAAUCGUCUUAUCAUGUGAAAACUCGUAUUGUUGUUGCUGAUUUCACACAAAAUAAUAUUUAUGAGUCUAUUGAAAAAGAAAUAUCUCAAUUAUCAUCUAUUGCUUGCCUUGUCAAUAAUGUUGGUAUGAGUUAUCCAUAUUUUGAAUAUUAUACAAAUGCUAAAUUUAUAAAUAUUAAUUUUAUACAAAAUUUAAUUGCUUGUAAUACUCAAUCCAUAGCAAUAAUGACUUAUAUUGUUUUACCAAUAUUAUUAAAACAACAAAUGAAUAAUUCAGCUAUUAUAAAUAUUGGUUCAAUGUUAGGUUAUUUACCAUCACCAUGUAAUUCAUUAUAUGGUUCAACAAAAGCAUUUAUUCAUCAUUUUUCAAAAUCAAUUCAAGCUGAACUUAAUCAUUCUAGUAAUAAAAUAAUUAUUCAAACAGUUUGUCCAUUAUUUGUUGCAACAGCAAUGUCACGUACAACAAAGACAUCAUUUUUUAUACCAUCUCCUCAUAAUUAUGCUAAAAAUGCAUUAAAUAUGUUAGGUGUAGAAGAAUUUACAAAUGGUUAUUUUCCUCAUGCAUUACAAAGUUACAUAUUAACUUCAAUACCUUUAUCAUGGGUUUAUAAUAAAUAUAAAGCGAUUGCUGCCAAAGCACGUAGAAAAUAUCAAUAAAACUUCUUAUUUAUAUUCAUAAGCAUUCUAAUCUCUAUUUUUG